GGUGAGGUGAGGGAGAAAAGUGGUCAGCGCAGAAACAGAAGGAGGGAGAAAGCGGUUGGAGAUGUCGACAAGAGUGGUGAUGGAUACAGCUUUGGACGAGAGUCUGGACGAAAGUCAAACAGACAAGCCUCAGUCACGAGAACCCUCGCUCUCCAAUCUUGAUGGCGGUCACGAGUUCGCAAUGAAGAGGAUGAACUGCGAUGGGCAGAGGAAAUCAGUAAGUCGUCCUCUCAUUCGAGGCUGUAGUAAUUAAUGAUGGGAAACCCAGAGAAGAAUUAAUGAGUCGAUUUCACAGUGGAUAGGUAUAUGCAUACUCGCGGGGUUUCUUUGGUGGUCGCUGAGAACGUGAACGUGAAACUUCCACCUCCCAUUGACGAGUUGAAAGACCCGUCAAUGGAAGGGGCGCUCAAUAUCAAAGAAGAAAUCGCCCAAGUAGUCUUACCUUUCCUGUACUUUCCAUUUCAUCUGUCAUCCAUUAUAGUUAUCAGACAGACCUUUCUUGGUCACCGCCUGCUCCGACUCACAAUGAUGUCAACUACAGACAAUGUCGUGCUGCUGAAGUCUCCAACGUCAAGGCUCAAAGUCCAAGUCCUUCUUCGUUCAUUCGCACAUUUUCACCGUCUCUACUUUUGCAUUACGUUACAAUUCUCCGUCACCUCUCUCAUCAUGCGUUCUCGAUCGAUUUGCUCCCCUACCACCAAUACGCGUCUACUUGGCAAUCUUUAACUUGACCAUCAGAUUCACAAACAAAUCAAGUCCCAAGAUUCUGCAGUUGCUUUUGGAGAAUCAC